AUGACCUCAGAGCGCUCAGUGGCGCGUGCAUCAGAAGAUCUGGUGAUGGCUGAGCUGGAGUCGCUGCAUUUCUCCGUGGGCAUCCUCGGGAUCUCGGGCGGUAGGUCGAAACUUCAUCCCCCAUACUGCACUGGGGGUGCUGCUGCUCAUCAUCGCUGCCCUGCUGGCAUACUCUGGUGUGCGUCGCAGCCUGUCCCAGUCCCAGUUGUUCUCCAGUGUGUGUCUGACCGUGUCAGCCAUGUGGUGUGGGUCUGGACUGGUCUACCUGCUCGUUGGGGAGGGGGUGGUGGGGGCUACAGAGCUGAGGUCCUCUUUGGUCCCUGGCCUAGCAGCCUUCACCCUGGCCUUCCUCAUGCUGGCUACAGUAUCUGUCCUCCAGAGAGAGGUGGUCCUGUUAAUCAUCUCCCUGUCUAUCAGCCUGGCCUGUGGGCACCAGAUUGCCGGCCUCUCCUCCCCGGGGUUCGGCCAGUCUGCCACGGCCGCCUGCUAUCUGCUGGUCACCCUGGUGGGGGCGUAUUUUGGCUGUGGCCGCCUGCUCUCCUUUAUCACCCAGGGAAGGGUGGAGGCUCCUGGGACGGGCUGAGGAGAAGGGCAGAGUGUCAUGGGUCAGGGGUCAGAGCUCCAGAGGACUGUAACGACGUGGGGCCUGUAGGCCUGGUGAUGAAUCUGCUGUCUGCUAGUGUGUUAGCCUGCCCCCUACUGGCUGUGGUUCCUCAGCUCGCUCCGGGUCACGUCCCCUGGCUUUGGACGGCUGCUGUAUUCCAGCUGGUGGUGUGUGUCCUCUCCUACAGAUCCAUGGACUCCCUGACCGCCACCUUCUACGGCUUCACCUCCAUCCUGCACUUCGCUGAGGGCUACAUCGCUCUCCUCACAGCCUUCUCCAUCCACCCCUCCUCCCCUAUCCCCUUUCCCGUCGUCUUUGCUGUUCUAUUCUUCAUCCUGGCUCUGUUCAGCUGUCAGAAGAGUCUAGCUGAGGGUCUCUACCAGCUGUUCUACGUAGCGUAUACUAUCGCCCUCGCAGCCCAGCCCUCACGCUCCUUCCAGUCUGGGGCGCAGGGCGUCCAGGCGGCCAUCUUUAUUGUGUCAACCGUGAUGUUACUGGUCACCUCCUAUAACAACGUCUCGGCCAAUAGGAUUCCUACAGGGGAGGGCGUGUUCAAGGCCCUGGUGACGCGUGUCAGCGGCCUGACUCUCCGCCCCCAUGACAGACACAGCCACGCUCCCUACCUGGGCUACUCCAGGUAUGCUGACGCAGAGGUGUUAGGUCACGCCUGCUCCGUCCUCGCUGUCUUCUCCAUCACGGCGUCCACGGGGGACCGGGCCCCGCUGGGCGUGCUGGUCCUGCCCUGGGCCGUGGUGGCAGGCGGCGUCCUCCAGCUGCUGGUCGGCUCCGUGGCUUUCUCCCGUGGUAAGACCCUUGAGAGCAUGGCGUUCAUCCUGUACGGUGUCAUGUGGUCCAUCUGGGGGCUGACACGGUACGGCAGGCUCUAUGGGGACACACAGGGAUUCAACCUGGCUGUGGGUAUCAUCAGCUUCCUGUUGUUCAACAGUCUGGUGACGGUAGGAGCACUAUUCCUGAACGUAGCCUGGGUUGUCUAUGCCGCAACCUUUCACCUCAUUAUCAUCUCCUUCCUCCUGGACGCCAUGGGAGCACUGCCUUAUGGGUAUGACAUCGGGGUGUCAAUCGUGUUUGGCCUGAUGUCAUUCUACUGUUUCCUGUCUGGUCUGUUCAGCCUGACCUUCCUGACCCCCCAGUUGCCCCUGGGACGGGCGUUAGUCAGGCUGAGUGGGAUGGGAGAAGGAGGGAGGGACAUCUGUCUUCAUGUCCCCGCACGCAAGGCCACCGCCGUCCACCAGAUAGCAGAGAUCAUGAAGAGUGGAGGUAUAUGUGGGAUGCCCACUGACACGGUCUAUGUGCUGGUGGCAGCUUGUAACAGACCGGAUGCUGUGGAGAAGGCCUACAAGUGUAAGCAGCAGGCUCAGGACCGACCCAUGUCUCUGUGGGUGUCCUCUAUAAACCAGUUAGAACCGGUCAGAUCCCUGCUGUCUGCCCUGCUCUGGGACUUCAUGAGCGCAGCAUGGCCCUCCUCUAUCAGCAUGGUCAUAGCCAGGGGUCCGUGGAUGGAGAUGUUUGGUCUGGGGGAAUCAGCUAAACACAUCGGAACCCCUCAGAGCAUUGCUAUCAGGAACCCAAACUGUGCUGUGGCUACUCAUCUUAUCAACCUGGUGGGUCCCAUUGCUGUGACGUCAGCCAACCCCACAGGAGAAGCAGACACCACACACCACAACCAGGUGUAUGCCAAGCUGGGAGACAAGGUGGAUGGUGUGUUGUGUGAUGGCCCGUCCCCAGAGAACAUCGCCUCCACUGUGGUUGACUGCACCAAGAUAGACAGUGGCCAUAUUGGAUUCUUUCGAGUGGGUCUCAUUCCCAAGUCUCAGGUGCUCCAGAUCUUUGAGGAGGUCCAGAAGAGGCACUCUCACGGUCAGAUUAAUCCAGUGUUUGAAGCAGACCUCACAGAGCCUGAUCCUAACCCUAACCUCACAGACCCUCAGAGAAACACAGAUGAAGACAACACAGAGUCUACAGAGUCCUCAACUGUUCCUCCACCCACCCAGUCUCCUGCCUACAUAGACACCUCUACACUAGCAACACAACCACGAGACUGCCCUAGCUACAGCUAGUCUGGCUAACAUCUCCUCCUGACUCCAGAGUCUGGAAAGGCUUGAUGCGUUGAUAAUGAAGGAGAUGUGCCCUCAGACUUCAAGGCAGCAUCCUACACUGGUUGGAUAUCCCUUUUUAUUUUUUUUAUUUUUUCUUGUGUGUUUUUGUUCUACCUUAUGUUAUUUUUUAGUGCUGCAUUGAUAUUGAUUACUGAAUUGUUGGGUUUGGAGCUUGCAAGAAAGGCAUUUCACUGUAUUUGUGCACUUGACAUUAAAGGUUUAAACUUUU